CUUUCUCAUCAUCGCGCCUACCGUCUGCCAAUAUCAAACGUGACAUGAACCGCUGGCACGAUCCGUCACACAACUCCGUCUAUCCUGGUUCGCAAACAAUUGGUCAUCCAGACAUGGCAUAACAGUCCUGAAGUCCGCUUCCAACGACCCUUGUCAGCUUGCCUAUCACAGCGACAAUGAGCCGCUUAGCCCCCAAUGCCACGUCGAGAACAAAGCUCCAAGAGGACGAAGAUCAAGAUCAGCCCUUUUUAGAAACAGAAAGACGUUCUCAAGAAAGCGACAUCGAACUAUCCGAACUCCAAGACUACCAAGAUGGCGACCAACUUGCUGGCGAACGGACACCUGUCAGCCACUAUCGCAACCGGUCCCUCGAUGGCCCUCCACCGAAGAAGAAAGUGCCGGCCUGGAAGAUCGCCUUAACCUUGGCGACCUGCGUGUUGGGCUUUACGAUCAACACGGAAGCCACUGCAUACAUUGAGGAUGAACUAGACUGGAAGAAACCUGUCGCAACGAUGUACCUUACCCAUUCUGCUCUGGCCCUGCCUUGGAUUAUCCACAUGUUCUACCUACGCUGGUGCAAUCGACAAGUCUCGUACAUGCAAUGGGUUCGAGAAUACAAUAAUAAGCUUCGAGAAUCGAUCGCCACAAUCGAUGCAUUUGCGACACAUGGUAGUAAAAUGGUCAUCAAAGGCCCUGGAAGAACAGGUGGCCCACUCGAUUUCCUCGCCACUUCUAUGGCCAUCGUGACAGUCGUACUUACCGUUUCCGGCUUCAGCUGGUUCACGUCGCUCAGUCUCACCACACCAGCUGAUCUGACUGCGAUCUACAAUUGUAGCACCUUUUUUGCUGCCGCAUUUUCCGUUCCCAUACUAAAGGAGAAGCUAGGCUGGAUAUCCAUGCUAGCAGUAGCACUCAGCAUAGCUGGGACUUUCACCAUUGCAUACGGCGACACUACGGCAGACCAUUCCUCGGAUGCUGAUUCCGAACAUGCUGCCAUUGGUGCGAGUCGACUGCUCGGCAACAUCAUCGCUUGCGUCGGAGCAGUUGCCUUUGGCUUGUAUGAGGUGUUGUUGAAGAAGUGGGCCUGCUCGAGCAGACCUGAAUCACAAGAAUCUUCUCUCCCACUCACGCUCGCGGCGUCCGCUCUUACCGGGUUCUACACUUUCGGCGUACUUUGGGUCGCGCUUAUAAUUUUCCACAUUUUUGGCAUUGAGACAUUUGUCUUCCCCACGGUGUACGAAUGGCUAUGGCUUGUCAUUGCAGUCCUCUCAGGCGUCAUUGGCAUUACAUUACUUGUUGUGCUGGUAAUCUGGACUGAUCCUGUAUUCGGCAGUAUGGCGAAUGUUCUUAGCGUGUUCUUUGUUGCAUUGGCGGACUGGCUGGUAUGGGAUUUAAGCCCAAGCCUGGCGACUUAUAUCGGUGGGAGUUUCAUUUUCGUGGCAUUUGGAAUGCUGGCUUACGAUACAUUGGGCGAAAAGAAGGACUAAGGAAGUAAUAUUGCUUGAUGCCGCGGCUCAUCAACGGGCGUAUGCCCGGUGAUAGUACAACGAAGGAAACCUCGUGGCUAGCAACCUGCCACGACAUCGACCAAAAUAGAAGACUGGCGCGUCGACGACAAACCCUGAAGCAACCACCGUCUGCCAGGCCGGUACCGCAUUCACGUUGGCAUCUACACGCGCGACAGCAUUUCGAAACACUCGCGAGAAAUUCAAGCUCCCAACGAAACGAGUCAAAGCUCUUUCCGACCGCGUAGAAGCAUUGGACUGUUAUGAAGCGCUGUCGGGCGUUCAGGACCAGAAAGAGAGCAAGUGAAGCAUCGCGAGCAGCAUGGUCCCGCAAGCUCGGUGACCUACCUGCGCAGUGUCGGCUCCUGCAUGACAGAGCCCAUCCUACCCGCGCCACGCUCUAUCGCCACACGCCUUAGUUUGCUGCCGCGCUAGUGUAAUUGUUCCCGCAGACAGCCUGUAUUCGUGGGCGCACCAAACAAGCCUUCAGUACUGCAGCCCGUUCAGCGUGCAUAUUUACUAAAUCCUUGGGGAACAGCGGACAGCUCGACCAGCACAGUACGACAUGAGCUGACGCAUCGAAUGUGCCAUACGGCUAUUCGAAAACCUGCAGCUAUGUUCUCGAGAGUCACGAGCUGUGAAGGUGAAGGUAGAGGUGUCAGCCAUAAGGAAAGGAGGAUGUCUACCAAGAACCGGAGAAACGAUAAAGGCGGGGGAUUUGUCAUGUCUCGACACGAUACGGACAUACUGGAUGUGUUCAUGAUACGAGGCUUUAGCAGCUGAUAGCGACUUGCUGUGUCUGGCACAAAUGCUUCAGAGAAUAUGCUCAUCCUAUGUGCAACUAUGUACAACAACCAGAAGCGAGAGCGACUGUACAAAGCUCUCACCCCAGUCCAUUUUCAAUCCUCAUAUACACCUAUAC